AUGAUACAUUUUGCUCUCUCUCUCUCUCUCUCUCUAAUUCAACAUUUCCUUAUCACUAUUUUCAUUACAGAUAGAAUUGAUGCAGUUCCUUCAACUUCCUAUGAGCCCCACUCAGGUUAUUCAGGGUGUAGCCUUGCCACCCCAGAGGAUUCUGGCACAGACGACAGCAUUCAUGCCAUCCCAAGCAUAUCCGAAGUCAUUGAUGAUAUUUCAAGCUCUGCAGGGCUGGCAAUCAACUCAAUUGAGAUACCAACUCCCAAAAAAUCCGUCACGUCUCCAAUCGAGAACAAUUCCAUUUCAGUGUCACUGGAUAGUAAUAAAAGAAUUGUCACACGAAAGAGCAGCCGACACAGUCCAAAAAGUGAGGAGAAAAGGAGAAAAUACAAAGUACGAACACGGGUGAUCAAAUACACUUUGUUUAUCCUAAACUUUCUCUCCUGGAUAGUAGCUGUGGUAGCAAUUGGAAUUAGUUAUUAUAUUUUGUCUGAAACAAAGAAAGUAGUGACAGAUGCUGUGGAUUUUAUUCUGGAUCCUGCUAUUAUCCUUUGCGUGGUGGCGUCAAUAACAUUUAUGAUGGCUCUCUUUGGUUGCCUUGGUGCCAUUCGGGAAAACAAAUAUUUACUCCGGGUGUUCUACAUCAUGCUUACAUUGAUGCUAGUGAUAGAAUUGUCAAUCGGUGUCCUUAUAUGGCUCUUCUUCUCAGCUCCAGUGUCCACAGAAAAACUUAUGGAGACUCCCAAAAAGCUUCUCACACAAGCAUUAUUUCGAUAUAAAGAUGAUAAAGAUUUGCGUAUUUGGAUUGAUCUUAUACAGUAUGAGUUCAAAUGCUGUGGUGUAAGCUAUAGUGAAGAUGGGUAUAAAGACUGGCAAAAGAACAUUUAUUUUAACUGUUCACGUUCCAAUCCAAGCUCUGAACGAUGUGCUGUACCCAUGUCUUGCUGCAUUUUUAAAGAUGGUGAACUCAAAAACACAAUGUGUGGAUUUGAUACUACGAACAAAGAGAAGAAUGAUGUCAGUGAUCGUAUCCAUACACAAGGCUGUCUUAAAGGGUUUCGGAUUUGGCUCCGCAAGAAUGAGAUCCUCAUCACCAUUCUGGGAGCUCUUUUCAUUGCCCCACAGAUUGCAGUUGUCUUGUUAGCGAGGACUCAAGUGAAAUUUAUGCGCUACAAACGAAUUGUAGUCCCACCCCCAGCAUCACUUUGA